AAUCGCUUAGCCGAUAAGACCACAAGCGCUCUGCGUGCCCAGUUAGUGCUCGCGUCUUGCGCGCGCGGCCCCGUUUGCAGUUCUCGCGCACGCUCCCUCCCCGUCAGAUUAAGUUUCUCUUGUUUUGGGCGGCCUGGAUUAAACCAACUCGAGAGUGGGAAGAGGACGAGAGAGCGAGAUGUUUCGAUUUCAGUCUUUGGAAGACUGUCCCCUCGAGGAGGAAGGAGAGGGUUUGCAUGGACUGGUCGACGAAGAUGACGACAUCGAUCAGUUCAACGACGACACGUUUGGAGCUGGGGCUGUUGAUGAUGACUGGCAAGAGGAGCACGAACGACUGGCAGAACUCGAAGAGAAAGUCUCUGGUGGCCAUUCCUCACCUCCCCAGCAGCCACUACCUCCUCACAAUUUGUCGUCUUCCUCUUCAAAAGCGGAUGAUUUGGCUGACAGAGACCGGUAUCUGGACAGUUUACUUACGUUUGGAGGGGGUGCCAAUGACAACUUGGCAGAGAGUUUCAGCAAACUUGUUAUGAAUGCUGGCUGUGACUUUGAAGAGCUGAGUGAUCCUGCCGUGAUGAGGGCCACUCUGCCACAGCCCAGAACGCCACUGAACAGCAGUAUUUGGGAGAACCCAAUGGGAUUUGGUAAUGCGAAGCCUCUGAUGUCUCAAGUUGAGGCACACUCUACAUUGGCUGCUAAACAGGACAGUCCACUUAUGUCCAUAAUUAAAGAGGUUGGCCUUCCAAAGAGAUCAGCAUUGGGACAGGAGGAGGGGCGAGACCUGUCUGAACGAGCGCCACCUCCACGAUCAUCCUCUCCUAUCAUUGGCAGUCCACCAGUUAGAGCAAUACCUAUUGGCACUCCUCCUAAACAGCCACUUGGACACAACCUCGGCCAACACCAGCAGAUCCUUUGCCCAACGCCUAUACAUGUCAGAGCUCCCCUGCCACAACAGUUUCCCAGUGCUUUCAAUGACCGAAUGUCCCCCAACCAGCUGCUCAACGUUACGAAUUCCCCCUUGUGUGCCCAUCCUUUCUCAUCUAAUGUUCCUCCUGUCCUGAGCCAACUUCACCGUGCACAAAUGAUUGGAGCUGCACAGCCUGGUCAUAUGUCACCUAGUCAUUUUGCCCGUGUCUCCAGACUGGCUGGAAACCCUCUGACUGCUGUUAACCCCAAGCUGCUACAAGGUCGGAUGGGACAAAUGAUGUCACCGGUUGGCGGCGGUGGAGGUUUUCGUCCAUUUUUUAGUCCUGCACCUCCACAUCCUCCCCAGUGCCCUCCUGGGCACCUCCAUAACCUCCAUUCCCAACAGAGCAUGUUCCGACCUGACACUACACACCUGCACCCCCAGCACCGCAGGCUUCUUCAUCAGAGGCAGCAGCAGCAGUCCAGAAGUCAGCAGCGCAGAGGACAGAAUGGGACAUGUGACCGUACCCAUCGGCAUGGCACAUCUCAGGACAGGUGUAAAAGAGAUCCGUACAGCAACUUGAUGACAUCCCGGGAGAAGGAGUGGGUGUGCCGAAUUCAGAUGAUGCAGCUCCAGAGUACUGAUCCUUAUCUCGAUGACUACUACUACCAGAACUAUUUUGAGAAGCUGGAGAAGAGACCAUCACCUUUAGACUCCAAUGGAGACAUGCCAAAAAAAGAGCACACAAAACUCAUUACUCCUCAGGUUGCGAAACUGGAGCAUACCUACCGACCAGUGCAGUUUGCAGGCUCACUGGGGAAGUUAACGGUGUCCAGCGUAAACAACCCACGCAAGAUGAUUGACGCCGUAGUGACGACGCGCUCAGAUGACGAGGAGAAACGAGAGAAACAGGUUUGGAAUAAGAGGCGCCAGAUCCUUUACACAAUUGAGAAGACAUACAGCCUCUUGCUGGACAUUCAGGACUUUCAGAAAAAGUACGUCCAGACUCCAGACGAUGAGAAGGAAGCUUUAUUAGAACAGCGGAAGUCUAAAAUCAUGGACAUGUUUGAGAAUCUCCGAGGCAAGUCCACAGACGCCAGGAACAGCAGGUUCCCAGAUGACCACUUAGUGCAAAUCAUGUGCAUUCGUAAAGGAAAGCGUCUGAUUGGCAGGCUAAUUACGUACCUUAGUAUAGAACAGGCAGGAGUCGUCCUCACAACAAUCGCCAGAAACCUUCCAUAUAUCUUAAAGAAGGAUGGAGUAGACGAGGUGCUGCCAUGGCUGAUUGAGCCCUGCUCCCUUGUGAUCCACCAUCUGCCUAGUGGGCAGCUGACAGACCUGCUGCAGGACCUCAGUGGGCUCUCGGGGGAAACAGAACUGAACAACUCCAACACAAAUCAGCAGCUAACAAGGGUGCUGCAGAGCAAGUUUGGCCUGACAUUGUUAUACUUCAUUCUCAGUGAGGGAGAAAGGCUACAGAGUUCUGACGACACCAGUGAACUAAUGGAAGACAAUCGCUGGACCGAGCUGGUUUUUGGAGUCACCCGUGAGCUGUUAAAGAUCCCGGCUGCAAACCUCGCCAGACCAGCCUUCACACCGCCCAGCUUGUUAUCUCUUUUCUCUCGAUAUGUCGACAGACAACGCCUCAAUUUGCUGGAAGAUAAACUACAACUUUCUUCCAGGCCCAGGUAGAAGACGUUCAGCCCCAAGCCUAACAUGAACUUGAACUCGGCGCUUGGGAACGUCCAUCUGCCUGUUCUGGGUGUGCGGAGGAGAUACUUCGGAAGUGUCGAGGCGUGAGAACGGACGGGCUUGGAGUCUCCGAAGGGAUUUGUUUCGCUUUACUUCACUGGGGAAAUUUUUUUUUUUUUUUUUUUUUGCACUGAAAACUCGUGUUUUUUUUGGUUGAGAAAAAUGAGCCCUGAAGAAGUACGAGAAGAAACCGAAGAAAUUCCCUCAUCAGUUAACGGCUGUGAAUUGCGUGCUAAACACUCGAGGGUCUGCGCAGAAAGGGGGCGAGGGCGAGUGCCACCUCUGGGCCCUCCUGCUCCACGGGCGUUACUUUGUAUGGCAUGUGUUUGCGUGUGUAAGUCUGUACAUACAAUAUAGAAAACAAACAAACAAACAAAACAAACUCUUGGCUGCGUCAAAGGAAGUUCCGCUGAAGAAUUUGAGACCCCGAUACCGGACCGCCCGCUAACCUGGUGUUUUGUUGCCUUACACCUUUUUAAGUUCCUCGCAUGGCUUUUCUAUUUAAUGUUUUACUUGUGUGUUUUAAGAUUUGUAAGACGAUCACAUGUUGCCUCAUCAGGUCCGAGUGCUUCACCCUCCCAGUUUGCGUUUGCACUUUUCCUUUCGUGUCGUGUCCUUCGUUUUUGGACAUGACGGUAAGGAGGGUCUCCUGCUCGCGGCGGCUCCUCCUUUUGCCGUUUUAGGUCAGCAGAAUCGGUGGAAUUGUGCAAAGCCGCAGAGGUCGAAGCCAAACGUCGUCGCCGCAGUGUCACCAACCGAGGACUUGUGCGUUUCCUAACACCUCGCGAGCUUUAGGCCGUCAAUCGAAGCCCCUUCGGUCGGACCCUACAGUCAGUUCUCCAGUGCGCAAAACCUGGCGUUCGUGCGAAAUGGCCUGACAAUCGAGGUGUUGUGCUCGGACAAGGCUGCCCCCGAUGCAAGCUGGAGCUCUGGAGUGGUCCGUCGGGUAGGGUUGGGGGUCUGGGAUGCACUGCACUCACAUUUAUAGUCUUCCUUCCGCUGAAUUUCGAAGGACGCGUUUUCUGUUGGCAGCUGCCGGUUUCAAUCAAUUUUGUUUGUCGGUGGUCCGUAUCGUAAAAGGGGGGCAGGAAAUACUGGAGCUUCUCGUUGGGCUCGUUUUUUCCCCCCCCAAAGGCUUCGCCUCACUGAAUUCCUUUGGACGCGGUGACACAGGGACCCCCACCCCCUGCACCCCAACUAAACUGACCCCUAGAUUGAGGAAUUCUUUUAAUUUUCGAUUUUUAGCCAAAGGGAUUCUCAGCUCGCUGUUCUCCAGCUCACGGUUUUAAUCUUCAUUUUUUUUUUUUAUUUUAUUAGGACCCCCGCCACAUAUUCGGUCACACCUACACCCCCUCCCUUUUUUUUAUUUUAUAUAACGGUAUUAACCAGUUUGGUGGAACGAUGAGACGCGUCUGCUAAACGCUAAGAUGACAGCACUUUAACGGCCAACUGCUGAAACCGAUCAUGACCGCGUGCGUAAUGAAGUUUACUUCAAAGAAACUUGCAGCAGUCCCACAACUUUAAGAUCUUAGAUUUCUAAUAAAUUGUUUUCUUUACAAUAAA